AUGAGUUCUCUUGGCUUACUUGGUGGUGUAUGGUCAAUUGCUACAAUUGCUUAUAAAUUACUUUUUGGUGAUGAUACAAUUCAGCCUUUUGGAUUGAUUCAAAAAUUUGUUCAAAGCUCAUUCAAUGAUAAUGUUGAUGGUGAAAAUCGCGUUGUACAAUUAGGCAAAAAAAUUAAUGAUUUAGAAUCAUUUUUAAGAGAUUAUGUAGUUGAAGUACAACAAUUGGAUAAAAUUUAUAAAAAUAUUGAAAAAUAA